AUGACAUCGAAUGGAUUGCCCGUGCCCGCUCAAAACAGCAACUAUUUGGAAAAUGGCCGAUGGUACCACGGCUUCCGGAGAGGCCUCUACAUGUACCCAUGCGACGAGCCAGAAAAAGACCGCAUGGACAUUUACCACCAGUUCUUUGCCGUAGCACGAAGAGGCCAGCUGCACCAGGCCCCAGUACCCGUCGAGCCACAUCUGCAGCCCCGCAUCCUCGACGUUGGGUGUGGGACAGGCAUCUGGGCAAUUGACAUGGCCGACAAAUACCUAAACGCCGAGGUUUUAGGAUUAGAUCUGGUCAACAUCCAGCCCGAGAAAAUCCCCCCGAACCUGCGAUUCCGUGUACCACGCGACUAUGAGAGCCCCUGGACGCUGGGCGAGGAUUCUUGGGACCUAAUUCACCUGCGCAUGGCCUGUGGCAGCGUUACAUCUUGGCCAGAACUCUACCAAAAGAUAUUUUCGCACCUCAAGCCAGGCACUGGCUGGAUAGAGCACAUUGAAAUCGACAUGGAGCCGCGCUGCGACGACCGCACGCUUCCCCCCGACAGCAUGCUCACGCAGUGGUACGGCUGGCUAGCUGAUGCUACGCACCGAGUUUCGCGCCCAAUCGCAUACGAGCACCGCACCCGCCAGCUGCUGCAGUCUGCCGGCUUCAUCGAUAUCCAGGAGACGGUUAUUCGCGUCCCGUACAACACAUGGCCCAAUGACCCGCACCAAAAAGACAUCGGCAGGUGGUACAAUCUGGGCCUGACCGAGGGUCUGGAGGCGCUAACCUUUGCACCCCUCACCAGGGUCUACGGAUGGGAUCUCAACGCACAUGUCAAACCAUUGCUCGAGAACGUGCGGAGGGAGCUCUGCAACCGCAAAAUUCAUGCGUACAACAAUAUCCACAUUUGGACUGCUCGCCGCCCCCAGCAGUAG